CGGGGCCUGCCGCCGGGAGCGGGGUUUGCGGUCAGGUGUCUAAGACACUCUCUUCGCAGCGGACUGGGGCUUGCCGCCUUCUUCUGGGGGCCGGGCCGGACCGGCUCCGCCCCAGCCAGGUGUCCGUCGGCUCCCAGGUGCCCUCCGGAUCCUAGAGAUUCCGGUGCCGCGUGCCUGUGCAGUGAGCCGGCAGUGAUGGAGAACGCCCCCGAGUGCACGCCUUCCCCCUCUGAGUCCACACAGCCUCCCAGCUCGGCCAGGGAGCCCGAGGUGGUACCUCCCGGAGACUCAGAGGGCUGCGCCCGGCCCCUAAACACGGUCCCCAAGAAACUCUGUGGGUAUUUAAGUAAGUUUGGAGGCAAAGGGCCCAUCAAGGGCUGGAAAUGCCGAUGGUUCUUCUACGACGAGAGUAAGUGUCACCUGUACUACUCGCGCACCGCACAGGAUGCUAACCCCUUGGACAGUAUCGAUCUCUCCAGUGCUGUCUUUGACUGCAAGGCGAACGCUGAGGAUGAGGGCACUUUCGAGGUCAAGACUCCCAACCGGGUUAUUACUCUCAAGGCUGCCACCAAACAAGUGAUGCUAUACUGGCUACAGCAGCUACAGAUGAAGCGCUGGGAGUUCCACAACAGCCCACCUGCACUUCCUGUCACCCCUGCUGCCGGCCAGUCCGGGAAUGAGUCCACCCUGCACCUCAAGCUAGAGCAAGAGGCGGAGCUGGAGGAGUUCCUGUGUCCUGUGAAAACACCCACUGGACUUGUGGGUGCUGCAGCUGCCUUGCAGCCUGUCCCUGCCAUGCCCUCAGCCCUUCAGAACAUCUCUCUGAAGCAUCUGGGAACUGAAAUACAAAAUACCAUGCACAACAUCCGUGGCAACAAGCAGGUCCAAGCAACAGGCCAUGGACCACUAGUGGACGAGUCUUCACAGGGUGGGGAGCCCUUGAUCUCUGACCCCAACACUCCAGCGAAAGAGCCCGAGGAGCCUCCCAAGCCUGCAUCCAGGUCAUCUCUGUCCCCCAGUCCCAUGCAGAAACCUAAGCGACAAAACAACACCUUCCCGUUCUUUUCGGAUGGGCUGGCUCGGAGCCGCAUGGCCCAGGAGAAGUCGGUGGCUUUGGAACAACAGGUGCUGAUGCUCACUGAAGAGCUAAAGUCUCAGAAGGAGCUGGUGAUAAUCCUACACAAGGCACUGGAGGCUGCCCAGCAAGAGAAACGAGCGUCCAGUGCAUACCUGGCAGCCACUGAAGACAAGGACCGGCUGGAGCUGGUCCGGCACAAGGUGCGGCAUAUUGCGGAGCUGAACCAGCGGGUGGAGACUCUAGAGCAGGAUCGAGAGCGUCUGGCGCAUGAGUCUGGCCUGCUGGAGCAACAGGUGCAGGUGCUUCAGCAGCAAGUGCAGCUACUCAUGGAUAAGAACCAGGCCAAGCAGCAGGUCAUCUGCAAGCUGUCCCAGAAGCUCACCGAAGACCUUGUCCAGGAGGACCAGCCUGCCAGUGCUGCCAAUGGUGACUUCCUAAGCCAGCAGGAGAGAAUGGAACACCUGAAGGAUGACAUGGAAGCAUAUCGGACCCAGAAUCGCUUCCUCAACUCCGAGAUCCACCAGGUCACCAAGAUCUGGAGGAAGGUAGCCGAGAAGGAGAAGGCCCUGCUAACCAAGUGUGCCUACCUCCAAGCCAGGAACUGCCAGGUAGAGAGCAAGUACCUGGCCGGGCUGCGGAGGCUGCAGGAGGCAGCUGGGGCUGAUGUUGGUGAGCUUCCUGAGCUGCUGCGGCAGCUGGUCCAGGAGGCGCUGCAGUGGGAAGCAGGAGAGGCCCCGGACAGCGUGGAGCUGAGAUCCAUCAGCAGUGAGUAUGAUGAUUACGGCUUCCUGACGGUGCCAGACUAUGAGGUAGAAGACCUGAAACUGCUGGCCAAGAUCCAGGCCCUGGAGGUGCGCUCCCACCACCUGCUGGCCCUCGACACUGUGCAGCGUCCACUACGGGAACGCUGGGCUGCCCUGACUGAGCUUGCACCCUCAGCCGAACUCAAGCAGCUGCUGCGGGCAGGUGUGCCCCGUGAGCACCGGCCACGCGUGUGGAGGUGGCUGGUCCACCGCCGUGUCCAGCACCUGCACUCUCCAGGCUGCUACCAGGAGCUUCUGGCCCGUGGCCAGACAUGCCAGCACCCUGCUGCCCGCCAGAUCGAGCUGGACCUCAACCGGACCUUCCCUACCAACAAGCACUUCACCUGCCCCACCUCCAGCUUCCCCGACAAGCUCCGCCGAGUGCUCCUGGCCUUCUCCUGGCAGAACCCCGCCAUCGGCUACUGCCAAGGCCUGAACAGGCUGGCAGCCAUUGCCCUGUUGGUGCUAGAGGAUGAGGAGAGUGCCUUCUGGUGCCUGGUGGCCAUUGUAGAGACCAUACUGCCGGCUGAGUACUACAGCAAGACACUGAUGGCAUCUCAGGUGGACCAGCGGGUGCUCCGGGACCUCCUCUCAGAGAAGCUGCCCCGACUCACCACACACCUGAGGCAACACCACAUAGACCUCUCUCUCAUCACCUUCAACUGGUUCCUCGUGGUCUUUGCCGACUCGCUCAUCAGUGACAUCCUCUUGCAAGUCUGGGAUGCCUUCCUGUAUGAAGGGACAAAGGUGGUGUUCCGAUAUGCCCUGGCCAUCUUCAAGUACAAUGAGGAGGAGAUCCUGCGGCUGCAGGACAGCCUGGAGAUCUACCAAUACCUACGUUUCUUCACCAAGACCAUCUGUGACAGCCGGAAGCUCAUGAGCAUCGCCUUCAAUGACAUGAACCCCUUUCCUAUGAAGCAGCUGCGGCAGCUGCGGGCAAUCCACCAGGAGCGGCUGGAGGCCGAGCUGCGGGAGCUGGAACUGCUAAAAGCCGAGUACUUGGAGAGACAGGCAUCCAGGGGCAGAGCAGUGCCCGAGAGCUGUGUCAGUGAGGAUGAAGGAGAAGGCGAUGGCUGACCUGCCACUCGGUUCCCCAAAGCCUUUGUUCACUUUGCUGUCAGGAGCACAGGCUACGGGCAUGGACCAGAGGUCUGUGUGACCCUGGAGAAGGCCCUCCUCUCUGGGUCUUAGUCUCCCAGCCUUGCCAGACUGUAUCACAAUACCACUGAGCACUUUAACAUGUAGGAAGGCAAGAGAACACCCUGGCUCACCUGGAGUGUUCUCUGAGGCAUGACUGUUUCGGUUUGGUUUGGGUUUGAUCUUUUGAGACCAGGUUUCAUGGAGCUCAGGCUGGCCUCAAACUCACUAUGUAACUGAGCCUGGCCUUGACCUUCUGAUCUUCCUGUCUGAGGCAUGUUGGCAUAAAGCAAUGUCCCUUUGA